AUGUAUUCCCAGCAUGGCCCCCCGAUGGCGCCGCCUCAAAAGCCGGAGACCUUUAUGCUGUCGAAUGAAGCGCAGCAGAGCCUGCCUCAUGACGCGCAAGUCGCUCUGCAGCAGGUGGACAAUCUGAAAUAUUUCCUCCUCUCCGCGCCAGUGGAUUGGCAACCCGAUCAACUGAUCAGACGGUUUCUCCUUCCCACAGGCGACUACAUUUCCUGUGUUCUCUGGAACAAUCUCUUCCACAUCUCCGGCACGGAUAUCGUUCGAUGCCUUGCCUUCCGAUUCCAAGCCUUCGGACGCCCCGUCAAGAACUCGAAGAAAUUCGAAGAAGGCAUUUUCUCCGACCUGCGCAACCUCAAGGCCGGAACCGACGCGACCUUGGAAGAACCCAAGAGUCCGUUCCUCGAUUUCCUCUACAAAAAUAAUUGCAUUCGGACGCAGAAGAAGCAAAAGGUCUUCUACUGGUACAGUGUGCCUCACGACCGGCUCUUCCUCGAUGCGUUGGAACGUGAUCUGAAGCGGGAGAAGAUGGGGCAGGAGGCCACGACUGUCGCCGUCAGCGAGCCGGCGCUCUCCUUCGAGUUCGAUUCAUCCCAGUCGCUGUAUGAACAACUCACAAAGGCCCAGCAAGCCAACUCAUCCUCCUUUGCUGCACACGCAAGUACGACAUAUGGCCAACCCGCUUCCCCAGUGGUUCGGACCGUUGACCCUAUGCCUCCUCCUCAGAUGGCUCCCCAGAUGGCACCGCCGACGAUUCCCCUUCUUACGGACGAGUCCGGUCACCCGGCGAUGUACAGCUCCAUCCCGAUGACGACGAUGGCGCCGGGCAUGAUUAAGCGCGAGCCUGAUUACACGCAUAUCCAGUACGAUCGCAAUGGAAUGCCGAUUGCUCGCAUCCACCAGCGUCACGCCUCUAUGCCCACCUUUGUCGAAUAUUCGCCAGCUCCCUCCUUUGUGUCCUCUCAAUAUGAAGAUUAUAGUAACCGUGGACUGUCGUUCGAGCCGGUUACUCCCCCACAGCAUAGCAACCAACUGGGGGCGGAGCCUGCGUACAUUGCCAACGAAGACACUGGCCUCUACACUGCCAUUCCUGAAAUCUCGUCGACGGCCGCCUUCAACCCCAUGGUCCAGCUGCCCCCGUCCAAUCUCGCAAGUGCACAUUUCCCCACUCCUCCCCGGGCGUUUCACUCCAAUGUGUACUCCGUCUUGGAGGGUUCUCCUACAUACAAGCAGCGUCGGCGCCGCUCUUCGAUCCCCCCCGGUGUGACCAGCGCCGUCGCAGCGGUCUCUCAGCCGACGGCCUCGCAGCCCAUCGCCUACGCCGCUCACAAGCCGAGUGACUUGCGACGUUCCGUUUCGAGCUCAGUUGCGCCCGUCGCGGAGGUUGAUGAGUCGCAUCAUGAAUCAGCACCGCGGACUGUGAAUGGCUACCCAACGCCACUUCCGCAGAAGAACUUGCUACAGGAGAUGUCUCGAAACGGGACUCCGCUCUCGAGCCUGGAGGAGAACCCUGAACCGAAUCAGACAUCCGACGAAUUAGGCGCGCUUCCCACGGGGGAUACGUUGGAUUCCACUGCGCAGCACAGUUCCGCGAAUAAGACGGACCGCUUUGCGCCUGGUCCCGUCCGCCGUGCUCGAAGCGCUACGAUGAUGGAGCUGGGUCCUUAUCCGCAAAAAUCCCAUUCGUGCCCUAUUCCGUCCUGCGGGCGACUAUUCAAGAGAUUAGAACAUCUGAAACGACACGUGCGAACCCACACCCAGGAACGGCCAUACCCUUGUCCGUACUGCAACAAAGCUUUCUCCCGGUCCGACAAUCUGGCACAGCAUCGUCGGAUCCACGAAGCUCAGCAGGAUGGACAGCAGCCGCCGACUCAGGAUGACGACUUGGACAACGAGGAGAAUGAUUAUGGCUCCCCGGAGGAGGGCUCUUCGCCGUCCGAAUCUCUCCCCAGCACCAUGGUCAAUGUCCCUAACGUGACAUCAAUGCCAUCUGCGAUGACUAGCCUACCGUCCGCGCUACCGACUAUGGUGGCUCCUCACAUGAUCGCUCCUCAGCUCCUGCAACAGCAGAUCUAG